AGCGGAUCACUUCGGAGACGAGAGAGAGGCGCUCGGCCGAAGCCAACGGAACCAGUGCUGAAACAUGUCGGAGCCGAAAUACCGAGAAUGGAUCCUGGAAACCAUCGACUCCCUGCGCUCGAGAAAAGCCCGACCGGACCUGGAAAGAAUCUGCCGAAUGGUCCGAAGAAGACACGGGUCAGACCCGGACAAAACCAGGGCUGAACUAGAAAAACUGAUCCAAGAGCAAACUGUGCUGAAAGUUAGCUACAAAGGGUCCAUUUCGUACAGGAACGCUGCUAAAGUGCAAAGGAAAUGCAGAAAGAAAACGGAGCAAACCACCGGCAGCGGCGAGUCGCUCGGUGAACACGACAAACACAGUUUCAGUAACAACGGCGACAGCGCGCUCAGCCUCACGGACCAAGAAGAGUGCGAGGAUAAGGAGCCCGAGGACCCCGGGGUGAGUCCGUGUCCUGGCCCCCUGCCUCAAACCUCGCCCUCCACUCUCGAAAAGGAAGACAAGAUGCUACCCCUGCCUAGCGGAAACAGUUUUAUUAGUUGUGGCGCAACGGGCCACUCCGCCGGGAGCGUGAAAGCAAGUGCAUCGAGAGACAAGAGAUCAGUCGCCGAGGCGGGGGCAAGCGGGUCCUCUGCCCACCGCGAUGCUUCAAGCGCGAGCGGACCCGAAGGAGACAAGCCGCUCGCCGCUGGCCACGAGGGCAGAGAUGAGGAUGAGGAUGAUGAGAAAGAAGAGAAAACUUGCUCGAGCGUCAGCAGUCCGCCUCCGAGAAACAAGCUCCCCGCGUCGCCCAAACCCAAACUCAAGGUGGGGGCAAAGGGCGCCGGGGCGCGCUGCUCGGAGUCUCCGGACGAGAACUGCGCUGAUCUGGGCGAUAGACUGGUUGCCGCGGUCCGAAGUCUGUCCGAGAGACACCGGGGCUCCGCCGCAACACGGAGCCACGCGCCGCCGGGACCGAAAGAGAUCCUCGGCUUCCUCAGCACGCAGCGAGGGAUGCCCGGGGAGAAGCUGACCCGCAACCGCGUUAAAGUGGUGCUGGAGCGCGAGAUCGAGAGGGGUCGUCUCCGCAGGACCCGCCUGGGCCACAUCACCCUUCCCGCGAGGGGGAUGGGGGCGGCCAAGCCGUCCGCGCGGCUCCUGAAGAGCGCACUGCAGGACAGACAUCUCGCGAAAAAGGAGGAGGUGAAGGAGGAGGAAAGGAUGGAGGUGGAGAGUGAGGAGUGUGGCCCGGAGGAAAACAUAGCGGGCCCAGCGGAGGAUUCUCCCCAGACCGUCACUGAUGGAGGUCCCGCAGGUGUCAAAGCUUGCACUGACCCGGCCUCACCUGCCACGGAGGUGGAGACCGACUCCCUGAGGUCUGAGGGGAAGUCCCAGUCAUCUUCAGCGCUGGAGACCUCAAACCAGAGCUCCUUACAGCAGGAAGUAGAUGUGGGAGGAAGUGAAGAGCAGACAACGUCAGUCGAGCCUGAGGAUGCUGGUGCUGAGAAAAAUGCAGAUGCGCCUGAUCAGCUACAUCCCAGCACUGAGGAUCAGGUGACUGUGAUGUCAGAGACUGUAAAGGCUUCAGUACCUAUAAGAAACUGUUCAGGCUGUAAGCUGGAAGUGGGAGUGUCGUCAUGUCUGCUGACCCCCUCUGCCUCACCAGGAGCGGCUGAAGAGCGAGGGAUGAAUGAAGCAAUCGGUUGCUUUGUGAAGUUGGAGACGGAUGGCAUGAGCCCGGUGGACUGGACAGUAGCAGACGUGGCCAGCUACUUCACCGCGGCUGGAUUUCCAGAGCAGGCGCUCGCUUUCAGGACACAGGAGAUCGACGGGAAGUCCCUCCUUCUGAUGCAAAGGAAUGAUGUGCUGACAGGCCUGUCAAUCAGACUUGGUCCCGCCCUAAAGAUCUAUGAAAGACACGUGAAGGUUCUGCAGCAGACCCAUUUCCAAGAUGACGAAGCUUUCUGCUGAUACACACACACACACACACACACUUAUAUAUAUUAGCUAUUGUACAUGACAAUGUACACCUGUACAUAUACCUACAAUAUUUACUCGUCCCAGAAAGCGCAUAUUCCUGAAAACAUUCAGUGUGACUGUUCAGGACUCCCUCAAUCAGUAUCACCCUUUCAAUCAGUGAUCUCACAGCUACUGGAAAGAAAUGCGGCCUGAAAAAAAAAAAAAAGAGUAAAAUGAACUGAACUAAGCAGAAGCAUGGAGUGAGUUUAGAACAAAGAAGACUGAAGAGAGUUUCUUUUUUUGGAAAGACUGUGCAGUUAAUGCUGAUCUGAUGGAGACCACUGUUUGGAUUGUGACCUUUGACCCUGAAUUCAUUUCAUCAAGUGGAUUUUUCCUGCAGUACUUAUUCAGUCCAGUAGAGGGAACAGAGAGAGAAUGCCAUUUUUUCUUUGUGACCUCACUGGUUUCAAGUUUGUGACUGAAACCAAACAAAGGCUGGAUGGUUUCCACUGCACACGAAACGUUUUGUUAAAAAAAAAAACUGGUUGCAGUUUGAAAGAAGUAAAUUCUGACUGGAUAUUUGCUCUUGACAUGCUCUUUUGCAAUGACACUGAAACCCUUGUCUUCCCUCAGUGAUGGACGGAAUGCUUUCUUCCUGACAUUCUGAAAUUAACUUCUAAUGUUCCUUCCAGUGUUCUUGCAUCUUGCAAUGUUAUGUCAGGAAAAAAAAACUGUACGUUUGUGCAGAUCUCUUGGGCGCAUCUCACAGAGGAUCUCCCUUUAAAGAGACUUUGACUCCUUUAAUCUCGGAUUUGCCAGCCAUGACAUUGUGGCCCCACGUGUGGAAUAUCACCAUUGAUAACUGAGCAUUUUUUUUGUAAAUAUCAAUCAGUUUUUUAAGGUGAAGUCGAAGUUGCGAAGCAAUGACGAUAUUCCUUCACCAGCAGUUGAAGAAUGUGUCUGAAUGUCCUCAAAUGCACAGAAAACCCCAAAGCCAUGCGGCUCUUGAACUUUACACUUUGUGAAAUAUAUAUGUAUCAGCCCAUCAGAUGAAUAUUGUGGGAACUGAGAAAACGAUUUGUGUAAAACAAUCAAAUAAUAAUGGAACAAUUUACAAGAACUGACUUGUGAGAGGAGAGAUGUGGAAAUGGGACGCACUGAAUUGCUAACCUGUCCUUUAGCUCCAGUGUAUUUUGCGUCGUUGGACUGAUCGCACAGACAGAUGGAUCCAUCACACUUGUAAAUAGGACUGUUACUGAUUCGGCCACUAAAGGCAGGUUCAUUUCCAUCGUGAAGAAACCCUGAAUGAGUUUAAAUUGCUCAGUGCAAUAGGUCAGCCUGAUUUCAGAUUAGGGUAACCUGUUUUGCCUGACAAUUGUAGCACCUUGAAUUCCUCAAACUCUCUCUAUUUAUUUAUCCCUAUGUAUGUUUGUUUAUAAAAUUGUAUCUUCAUUUUUAUAACGUUAACAACUGUCUAAAAUACGCAGAUGUUCUUUGGUUGAUUUACAGUCUAAAGACCACUUGCAACAAAAAGCUGGAGCUCACUGCAAUGUUGAUAAUGCCUGCAGUUUCUCUGUUCAUGCCUUUCAUGGUGAACCUCGAUGAAGUAGAAUGU